AUGGUGGAUUGGGUAAAAUCUAAUGAUGAAAAAGUAAGAGAUGCUUUUGAUCGUGGUCCAAAAAAUUGCACAAUGACUUCCGGUGACAUUCAAAAGAAGCUUGCAACGUGUUGUGCACAUGGAGUUACCAAGGUGAUUAUGUUCUUGAACGACAAAGGGAAAUUUUUGGAACGAUUUAUUACUUUACAUCAUGUUAAAUAUACUACAUCUGAGACACUAAAGGGUGCUCUUUAUGGUAUUCUCGAUUGUCAUACGUUAUCUAUUUCAAGGAUACGAGGGCAAGGAUAUGAUAGAGCUUCAAAUAUGAGAGGUGAGUUUAAUGGUUUACAAAGAAAAAUUCUAGUUGAAAACCUUUAUGCUUUCUAUGUCCAUUGUUAUGCUCACCGUUUGCAAUUGCUGGUUGUGUCCGUUGCUAAUAGUUGCUCAUCUAUUCAAGAUUUCUUUGAAUACAUCUCCUUGAUUGUAACCACAACAAGUGCAUCUUACAAGAGAAAGGAUACUUUGAAGGAGAUGUGGUCCUCCGUGUUAGAGGUGCUUAGUAUUAUUGACGAAGAUGGACGUGGACCAUCUCAAGCGGCGGUUUAUGAUGUUAAAGCUUGGUUGGCUACAUUGAGAGAGACUGGUUGGGAUGAUUUAUUUAUUGAUGUCCAAGAAUUUUGUUUUGCUCAAAGUAUUCCGGUGCCAAAUAUGGAUGAAGAAAUACCGGUUCGGAGACUUUCAAGAAGAGAAGGGAGGACUGUCACUAAUCUUCACCAUUAUCGUGCAGAGAUUUUUUAUGUUGCCGUUAACAAAAUAUGUGUGGAGAUGGAUCACCGGUUUUGUGAAGGAAGUAACAUUGUGCUGGAUUGCUUCUCAUGUCUUGACCCCAAGAACUCUUUUUCCAAGUUUGAUGUUGAUAAGCUUGCUCGUCUUGCUAAUAUUUAUCAUGCAGACUUUUCUGAUGAUGACCGUGGAACAAUGAGGGAGCAACUUGAGACUUAUUAUCGACAACAUCCGUUGAAAGAGUUUUUUCAGCAAUGA